GAAACCACCAGCCUGUGGAGUUGUUGUGUUUUUAUUGCAGGGCAAAGUGCUGAGAGAAGGGAAAAUGCUUCCUGCCGCGGUCAUGUCUGUAUCCUCUUCUUCAUUUUUUUCUUUGUGUAUCCGACUGAAGCAGCAGAGACUGAACACUGACGGAUCUGCCUCUCUGUAACUUUAUAAAACAAUGAAACCUUGCAGCAAGUCACCUCUCAUACUGCUGGAGCUGAUUUACAUCACAUUACUCCCAGUUCUUGAGGCACAAGAAGUCAAAGUCUCGUCCACAGUGACGGGAUACCUGGGGCAUGAUGUCACCCUGCCAUGCACAUUCAUCCAGGGACCAAAAGACGCUAGUAUUACUCAGGUUCAGUGGGAGCUCAAGCCACCAGAAGGAGAGAAAAUCAUCCUUAUUGUUUUCAAUCUUAACUUUGGAACCAGUGUUCACAAUACGUCUCUGAAGGGCAGAGUGGAGCUUGAAGAACAAUCUUUGAUCAUCGGAGAUGUAGAAAUGAGUGAUGCAGGGUCGUACACCUGCAGCAUUACAACUUUUCCCAGUGGUUCAUUUGAAGGAACCACCAACCUUGAUGUUCAAGAACAGAUGCAGUUAUCAUCAGGGGCGGUUUCUGGUAUUGUGAUUGCUGUCCUGUUGCUGUUAGUCGUCGUGGCAGCCGCACUUUACCUCCGCUUCAUCAAAAGACGUGAUCCUACAGUCAGACACCGCGUCUACAUUGAUACAAGUCCAACGAUGGAUGUGGCCAGGCCAUCUGUUCUUCGACGAGACGAGGAUGUGGUCUACUCUGACGUCAAGCUCAAAUCAUCCAGAGAAGCUAAACCUCCACCCAGUGAAAAACACACAGCGGAUGAUGUCACGUACUCUGAGGUUGUAGUUUUGCGCCAGGAGUAUAAAUGAGAUGAAAUGUAAGCUAAAAUGAUGAUGACGUUUUCUUCCUUGUACAACUUGCACUCUUCAGCUGCUGUAUGAAAGUUUCAUUUACCAUCAUUUUGGUAUCAUUUAGUGAAAUCAGUACAUCAGCUGCUUCUAAAAUAAAACCUAACCUCUGUGGCUCCUCCA